AUGGAAGGUGAUAUAUCAACAAAUGACAAGAAGAGUGAUACUGAUUAUGCAGAAAGUAGUUCUUUGAUAAAAGGUGCAUUCUAUGAUGAAGAAAAAAUAUUUAAUUCUUCUAAUAAUAAUAGUAGCAAUAAUGACAAAGAGAUAAAAUUUAACAAUGAUAAUAUAAUACAUAACAGUAAAGAAUAUAACAAGGAAGUGCACAAUAGUGAUAAGGAAGUAUUUUCUUUCUCAAACAAUAACAUAUCUAUGUCGUUAAAAUCUGAUUCUCCAAACGAACCAGUUUUCUUUUCACCUUAUAUAGUUUCUAGCCGUGGAAAAAGCAAUGCUAGAAAAGAACAACAAUUAAAACGUGGUUUCAGUCUUGGUCACUCACCAAGUACCGAUGUUCCUACAAAAGAUACUGUCAUGAAAAAUUUAAAUAUAUCAGUUGAAGAAGAGGCACAUACUGCACAAUAUUUUCAAUUUCUUCUAAACAGAGAAAUAACCAGAUUAAAUGAAUUAUGUAAAAAAUGGACAGAAAUUAAAGCAAAACCUGAAACUACAGAGGAUGGAAAAUAUGAAAUAAGUCAAACUAUUGGCCAAACGAAUUUGUUAAUAAGCAAAAAGUUUGAAAGAUUUUGUGGAUUAGUUGCUGAUUGUGAGACAGGAAAAGGAGAAAUGUUAGUUACAUGUAAAGAUUUGCAAGGAUUUUGGGAUAUGAUGUAUAUAGAAGUAAAGAAAUGUGAUUCACAAUUUGAAAAAUUAGAGACUCUUUGUUCACAAGGCUGGAAGAAAGAAGAAUUACCUGUUGGCAAAUCCAUUGCUAAAAAGAAAUCUACUGUAAAAAGAAAUGUAUUCACAAAAUCAAGUUCUAUCAAAGCGUUUUUAGCAAAAAAGAAGCAAAGGAUGUCGCAAGAAAUAAAACAUAAUUGUGAUAUGAAAGAAGUUGAAUCUAUGUCUAGUACACCUAAUCAAAAAGAUUAUGCACCUAUGAAAGAUGAUAAAAGAUUAAGUCCAUUGCAAAAGGUACGUUUCUCUGAAACAUUCAAGAAGAUAAAGAGUCCAUUAAUCAGAAUGGAAGUAAGUGAAGAGUGUAAAACACCAGAGGUACACUUGGAUGAUACAAUAUCUUAUGUUAAUUCUGAUCAAACACCAGGGAAAAGUAUAUUGAAGCCAUCAAAGAAUGGAAGUGUAGCAGAAUCUCAUAUGAAGUCAACAAAUAAAGUUAAUUUUGAUGAUCAUAUAGUUUUAAAUGAAGUACCAAUUGAUGAAGAAACUCAGACAAAAAUGGAUUUGGCUGCAGCAUUAUCAAGAAUAGAUAGUUUUAACUUUGACAGUCAUGGUGAAGUAAUAAUUAGGGCAGAAAGAAAACUUAUAUUUAAUGAUAAUAGUUCUGAUGAAUCUGAAGAAGAUAUUGGACAUUUUAAAUCGAAAAAUUCUAUAACACCAUCUGCAACAGUAUUACCAAGAUCAGAAUUAGUUAAAAAUCUUAGCACACCUCCACCAAGGAGAAGUUUAAGAAGACAAAAUACUUUUGAUAAAAGUGAUGAGAUUCUACAUAAAACUUCACCAUUAAAAGAAAUUGCAGAUGAUACAAAUUUAAACACAUUAAAAAAGGAAUUACAGAAACAUGUUUCUAUAAGCAAGAAACAAGAAAUAAUGGAACAGGAUGAAAGUAUUAGAGUUUUACGAAAUAGAACUGUCACAGCAAUUGGUACACCUAUAGCUAAGAGGAAAGCCUUAAAAGAAAUGUCUACUGCUAUCCAAGAAUCAGAACAUAAGGAAAAUAAACCUCUUUCAGGGAGAAGAAGAAAAAGUUUUAUUAAAGGCAGUAUUAAUGAAGAGGAAAAAAUGAAUUUACACAGUUUGAUUGAUAACACUAAAAAAUGA